AUGGAGAUUGCCGCAAGAGCUGAGCCCGUCUGCAACCACACAUAUGUAUGGGACUGGGUUUACACCAUGCAGCCUGCCUACAUGUCCAUCAUCUGCCUCCUUGGAGUGAUCGGCAACUCCUGUGUGCUAUGUGUGUUCUGUCUCCAGAAGCGGCGCAGCUCUGUGGCCGACAUCUACCUGAGCAACCUGGCAGCAGCUGAUCUCCUCAUGGUUUCCUGCCUACCGUUCUGGGUGGCAACCAUUGUCAACAAGUUCCACUGGAGGUUUGGGGAGGCCAUGUGCCAGCUUAUCAACAUUGUCAUUGGGAUGAAUUAUUAUUCCAGUGUGCUGUUUCUUACGCUUGUGAGCGUGGACAGAUACCUGGCCCUCACUAGACCUCUAACCCAGGGGAGGAAGAGACGGGCCUUCUGGGCGCGUGGGAUUUGCUUUAGUAUCUGGAUUGCUGGGGUCCUGUUCAGCUUCCCUGCUAUCCUCUUCCGCUCCGUUCAGUUCUUCCCUGAUCUGGGCAUCGACGCAUGCUACCUAGCGUAUCCCCAUGCAGGCUGGAGACUGCGCUACAACAUGACUGUCAGCACAGUAGGCUUCCUUAUCCCGGUCCCCAUUGUGUCCUUCUGUAGUUACCACAUCACUAAAGUCCUUCAGAGCAGCCAGAGGUUGAGAAAAGGCAGCAGAGGCAGUGUAGAAAGAAAGGCGGCGUACCUCGUUCUUGUUGUCCUGGCUGUGUUCAUUCUCUGCUGGCUGCCCUACCAGAUUGUCAUCUUGUUGGACACUUUGGAUCAUUAUGAAGUCUUCUCUGGAUGUACGUGGAGUUACGUCUUGGACAUUGGAAACCAGUUGGCUACUUACCUUGGCUAUAGCAACAGCUCAUUGAAUCCUUUCCUGUAUGUGAUUGUGGGGAAGCACUUUAAGCAGAAGGCAAGGGAAGUGUUUACACUAGUGCUGUGCAGGAGGAAAAGGCAGUGGGCGAAGCCCGUUCAUUUGAGUGCCAAUCUCAACUCAACUAAACAAACGGAGAGCACUAAAAUAUAA